UACAAUUAUUAUACGGACUUGGAUGUUUUGCUCAUAUGAAACCGCUAAUUUUCUCGUUUGUCACAUUGGCUGGGGAAACAAAUGCUAUCUAGUCGGCUUCGUGGAUUGUUGAAAACUCAAGUAGCGUCGGUGUGUGUGGUUUGCCAUAAUAUAAUUUUUUACUUUGCGGAUAUUGCAGUGUUCUAUAGUGAUUUCGUGUGUUAUUUUGAGCAUCCCGUUGAUUUCUGAGCAGUAAUCAGUCAAUAAUUUGACCAGUCGCUAUCAAUUUGAUCGCUGAAGAUGGAAGAAAAAAAUUCCAAAAGUUACGAAAAAUUGGCCGAGACAUCGACUCCUCCGAAGAGCCCAAAGUCUCCUCUCAGACCUUUUCGGUUGAAGUUCCAUAGAAUGUUGAGCACCGGAAGCCUCAAACUGGGAUCCCAUUCUUCGCCAGGAACGCCUAGUUCUUUAUCCUCGAGUUCUGAUGGGAAACAUUACAGUUUCGAUUGCGAAUCUAUGGAUUUCAUAAGGAGUCAAAGUGGUCUCCGAAUAAAACAUGGCGUGCCGAUGAAGAAAAUUGGUAGCAAGAAGAAAUUCCAUAGCUUUUUGAGGAAAAAUAGGAAACGAAAAGUGAAAGAAAGUAAUGAAUGCGUAAAUCAGUUGGUUCCCAUCAUAAAACUUUCGUUGGUUUCUGAUAAUGAGGGGAGCAGUUCUGCUGAAAAUUCAAGACCGAAUUCCCUGAAUCUUUCGAAAAAACUCAGGUGAGAGCAAAUUAUUAUUUGUCAGAUUAAUUUUCCAA